UAGUCUGAAUUCUAUUCUUGAUUGCUAUCUACCACCUAUGGAGGAGCCGAGCUGUUCCUUCAUGAAGAAGACUCUUCGCUCCAAAGAACAGUCUUCUUCUUCAGGAGAAGAGAGUGGUUGGACCUCUUACUUUGAAGAUUUCUUGGCUUCAGAGAAGAGAAAAGCAACAGAAACAGCUUCAACUAGCAGCUGUUCUUCGAGUCUUCACGAAGGCUCUUCAAUGGUGUCAGAUGCUGCCUCUUGUACUGCAUGGAAGCCUCAUCAGAAGCAAAGUUUUGGCAAGUUAAGCUUGAAGAGAAAGAAGAAGGAAAGAAGAGUUUUGGAAGAUGAUUCUUUGGAAGACACUGCUAGUUCUCCUGUGAAUAGUCCAAAGGUUGGUGAAUUUAGCCUUUUGGAUGUGAAAGCAAGGAAGAAAAGGGAGAACAAGAACAAGAUGGCUGGUUAUGGGGACUACAAAGAGCUGGAAUGUGAGGGGAUCAAGGAACCUAAUUAUGUGGGAAUCGUUGAUGAGUGUUCAGAGUUAAGAAAACAAGGGCUCUGCUUGGUCCAUUUGUCUAUGUUUUCAAAUUAUCUAGGCUAAAUCAAUUGUUUAACAGCUAGUUAUUCAUCCCUCUACUCUCUCUCU